UAGCCCUGUCAUUUCAGCUCUGACACCAAGGCAAGAGGCUAGGAAGUCUACAAACACCGUCUGGGUAGCCGGUGUGAGUACAGAGGGUACUGGGGGGGCUUAGCCCCCAAGGAAGACGACCAGCCUUCCCCGAACACCACCAUCAAGAUCACAGGGGCUCCCUCUUUCCUCUGCAGGCUGUGAACUGACUUAGGGAAUCCCAAACGAUGACAGAAAAGGAGGUGCUGGAGUCCUCCUCUUUUCCAUCAGAGACUCGGAAAGGUGGGCUACAGCGGCUGAAACAGUUAUUCAGGAAGGAGUCUACAGGGACAAAGGAGAUGGAGCUUCCCCCAGAGCCCCAGGCCAAUGGGGAGGCAGUGGGAGCUGGAGGUGGGCCCAUCUACUACAUCUAUGAGGAAGAGGAGGAAGAAGAGGAGGAGGAGGAGGAGCCACCCCCAGAGCCUCCUAAGCUUGUUAAUGAUAAACCUCACAAAUUCAAAGAUCAUUUCUUCAAGAAGCCCAAGUUCUGUGAUGUCUGUGCCCGGAUGAUUGUGCUCAACAACAAAUUUGGGCUUCGCUGUAAGAACUGCAAAACCAACAUCCACGAACACUGCCAGUCCUACGUGGAGAUGCAGAGAUGCUUCGGCAAGAUCCCCCCUGGUUUCCAUCGGGCCUAUAGCUCUCCACUCUACAGCAACCAGCAGUACGCUUGUGUCAAAGAUCUCUCUUCUGCCAAUCGCAAUGACCCUGUGUUUGAAACUCUUCGCACUGGGGUGAUCAUGGCAAACAAAGAACGGAAGAAGGGACAGGCAGAUAAGAAAAAUUCUCUAGCGGCCAUGAUGGAAGAGGAGCCAGAGUCUGCCAGAUCAGAGGAAGGCAAAGCCCAGAAUGGAAACCCUGAAGGGGAUAAGAAAGCUGAAAAGAAGACACCUGAUGACAAACACAAGCAGCCUGGCUUCCAGCAGUCUCAUUACUUUGUGGCUCUCUAUCGAUUCAAAGCCCUGGAGAAGGACGAUCUGGAUUUCCCGCCUGGAGAGAAGAUCACAGUCAUUGAUGACUCCAAUGAGGAGUGGUGGCGGGGGAAAAUAGGGGAGAAGGUCGGAUUUUUCCCUCCAAACUUCAUCAUUCGGGUCCGGGCUGGAGAGCGUGUGCACCGCGUAACCAGAUCCUUCGUGGGGAACCGCGAGAUAGGGCAGAUCACUCUCAAGAAGGACCAGAUUGUGGUGCAGAAAGGCGAUGAAGCCGGCGGGUACGUCAAGGUCUACACCGGCCGCAAGGUGGGGCUGUUCCCCACCGACUUUCUGGAGGAGAUUUAGGCGUGCUGACGCCUGCCAGUGGGAGAUACCCAAACCCCAUUCUGGGCAGGCCCAGUGGAGGUUGGGGAGAAAAGGGGCGAAAGCAACUACAUGGCUGGGUUGGGGAGGGCUGGGAAGGCCACCGAAACAUGACGGGGCUUCCGGGAAGGGACUGGUUCCCGUCCCCCUCCCCCACCGAGGGCGUCGGAUUCUUGGUGCCUGGAGCAGCCUCACUCGCAACCCUCAGGCCCAGCCUUUUUUUCCAAAUCUCGGGGCGGGGGUCGGGUAGAAAGAAUGCCUCUCUACUAGGG